UUGUAGCGAAUUUCUGAGAUUUAGCUUCGAAUCUUCUUUCUCAAUCUCGACUCUCGACUCUCGAUCGAUCAAAAACCUUUUUGCAAGCGAAGAGCAAAAUCGGAAAAUGGCAUCGAACGCGGCGGUUCCGUUCUGGAGAGCGGCGGGGAUGACGUAUAUAUCAUACUCAAACAUCUGCGCGAAUCUCGUGAGGAACUGUCUCAAGGAACCCUUCAAGGCUGAAUCCAUCAAUCGCGAGAAGGUUCACUUCUCCCUCUCCAAAUGGACUGAUGGAAAGCCCCAGAAACCAGUUCUGCGCUCGGACACAUCUGCUGAAGUUUGAGGAUUUUUCUUUAAUCAAGAUAUGGUUUCCCUGAAGUUUGAUGUAUUGCUUCUCUGGAUGGAUAAAAAAGGGAUGCAAAAAAACGUUUUUCUCUGCAUGUUUUGUUUUCUUUGUUGUUUGCAAUGAAAGCUUGAUACUCUCCAAUUAAUAAUAAUGGAAAACAUGGAGCUUCUGUUUCUUGUUUGAGACAAUCAUUCGUGGAUUCAUGAGUUAUCUAUGUUGUCCCAUUAAGUAUUAA